AUGGACUCGCAAGAAUUCAAGAACGUUCUUCAGCGUCUCCGCAAGCUCGAGGACGAGUCAGCGCUGGACAGCCUGCUCAAUCGCUAUUGUUGGCAAGUCGACCUGAUGAACUGGGAAGAGUUCGGAAAAACUUACAUUGAGGAUGCUCGCAUGGAUUUUGAAGCAUUUGGAGAGAUCCGAGGACGUGAAAAUAUCGUGAAGGCCACCAUCCAGGCAGAGGAGCGCUUCGAAAGUAUGCAGCACAGCAUCACAAACCGCGAGUUCACUAUCAACUACUAUGAUGAUAGCCUGAAUGGACGAACUAGCGACAGAGCUACAGCCACUGCCUACUUGAUAUUCGCUAUCACCGAGGACUCCCGCAAAUCUCCGGGCAAACACUUCAAGAUGGGUGGACCUUAUCAUUUCGAGUUCGAGCGGAUAUACGACCCUGAUACAGAUGAAGGCAAGGCGUGGAACGCAAGGGGAUGGAGGAUUUCCAGCAUGAAGCUGCGUUUGAUCUGGACGGAGAACGAGGAGAUAGAUAAGUUUGGAGUGUUCACCAAGGGAAAGGCUAAAUCUUUGCGUUAG